AUGGUAGUGUGGCCAAAAUGGGAAGUGUACGAGGAAUGUUUGGCAAAAGACCGGCUGAUGUCUGCCAAUGGCGAUUUCCAAGAUUUCAAAAAACAGGUUUUAAAGGCGUCUGUCCAGGAAAUCGAUGAGCAGGCUGCGCACGCUCCAGUAAUGUGGAACUUCUUGAUUGCGUUUGCUGCCAAAAAGCCGUUCUUCCGAUCGUUGAUCAUUCAGGUUUUCAACAAGCUGAUGCAAGUGCCCAGCUGGGUGGCUGCAUGGGAGGCUGAUGUCGAGCUGCACAAGAAGGUACAGACUCUCCAUGAGGAUCUGCAGUCUGCCAUCGGGGCCCAGCAUGAGGUUUUGAAGAAAUCCAUUGCUCCUGCAGCCUUGCAGUCAGUGACCCUCGUACGUGUGGAUGAGCGGCCGCAGGAGGUGCGGUUGGCUAUUGAAAAAGAGCGCAUGAUUGACGUGAUCAAGGAAGAUCUAGAAUCGGAUGAUUGGGUGGUGGCGGAAGAGGAGGAGGAACCUGUUGCAGAUCCGGCCUUGUCUGCACUGCAGGAAGGCAUUGAUGCGGUGAGUGCUAUCGACGAGCCUUCGCAAAUGGACUCUUGCGGCUUGAGGGCGCUGAACCAGCUGCGCAUUGGCUGCAUACGAUGCGCUGGCGAUGAUCAGCCUUUCUUGCAAGAGGUGGACAACGCACCCAAAGUUUUCAAUUUUCUCCUGAGCUUUGUGAAGCAAAAGCCAGCAUCCAUCAACGGUGUCGCGGAGGUCAUUAAUUUGCUGAUGGCAAGCAGUUGGUGCGCGGUCUUCGAAAAGAAUAAGCUCCUUCAGGAACGUCUCCGUGAGCUGCCCAAGCAGCUGCAAGCCUCGCUUGGACUACAGAGCUCCAAGGUCCUGGCACACAUCGAUGCGGAAGCACGAAGGAGCACCAUGCGGAUGGGAAGCAGUUUGUCAAGCAUGAGAAGAUAG